AUGGCUGUGGAGCUGCUUGAAGAACCGGGGGAUGUGCGGCCAGAGACAGAGGAUGCAGGGAACCCGUCCGCCUCCCCCGCUCCCCGGCAUAGCCCCCCCACCCCCAGCAGCCCCGCCGUCCACCUUGCAGCGGCUGGAGAUCAUCUGAGCCACAUCCUUGGUGACCAGCUGCGAGCAUCUGCCCAGGUCCAGCUCUGUCAGCUGUGGCACCAGCAGCAAGUGCAGCACAGGUCGAGUCACGCGCCGCUUGAUCCCCAGGAAGUCGAUCAGCUCCUGCACCAGCCCCUCUCUCGUCGCCCCUCAGCCCCCCCAAGCCCCUCCCCCCAGCCCCUCUCUCGCCCCUCCCGCUCCCCCCCAGCCCCUCUCUCACGCCUCACCCAGGUCGUUGAAGGGCCCCAGCAGGUAUCGGAAGCGCUGCUCGUCCAGGGAGCGCUCGGCGUAGUCUUUGGCCCAGAGCACCUGCAUGUUGGCGGCCACGUUCUCCAGGCAGAGCGCCCGCAGCGGCCGAGCCGCCUUCCUCUUCGGCAUCCCUGCGGCCGGCCGGAGGCUCCGAGCGAUCGGCGAGACGGAGCAACACCCGCUGCACCAGGGCGCUUCCGGCCGCCAGGGGGCGCCCGCCGGAAGUGCCGCCGCUCCCACCCACGCCUGCGCCCUCGAGGGGUCCUCACCCGGGCUGCCCGCGGCGCCUGA